CGUCCCGAACCGGGGGCGGGGCUACCAGGAGGAGCCACGACUGCGCACCACCUCCCUGGGAACGCUAGGUCCCUUCGACCAAUCAGCCCGGAGUGGGGAGGCGGGUCGAGUUCACAGUUUCUACCAAUAGAAGGAAGUGCGGUUAAGAGGACGAGCCGGGGGUGGGGCCAAGCAAAACUCCGAAGGAAGAAGCGGCGCGCGCGGCCAUGAAUAUCCUCCCGAAAAAGAGUUGGCAUGUUCGAAAUAAAGACAACGUAGCCCGUGUACGGCGGGACGAAGCCCAGGCCCGGGACGAGCAGCGGGAGAGGGAGCGGCGGGCGCUGCUGGCCCAACAGGAGGCCCGAACUGACCUCCUUCGGAAAAGAGCCCGCCACCGGACGCCCCUCCCUGCGCCAGGGACGGAAGUGGCCGAGGAGGGCCCUCGCCCCGUGGACCUGUUUAGGGAGCUGGUGGAGGAAGGGAAAGGGACGGCCAGGGGCAACCAGGAGUAUGAGGAAGAAAAGAGGCAGGCCAAGGAACAACAGGAGAAGGCCCUAGGGCUCCUGACCUACCUAGGCCAGAGUGCAGCUGAGGCACAGACUCAGCCCCCUUGGUACCAGCUCCCUCCUGAGCCCAGGGGCAUGCAGUGCAGCCCUGCACGCGAUGAAAAAGCCAAGAGCCACCUGGACCCACUUCGGGAGCUGAAGAGGCAGCUGGGCAGAAAGAGGGGGAGUAAAGGCGGUGGAGAAGGGGGUGGCCAUCACGAGGAGCCAGAGAAGCAGCGCCUCAAGAGCCCUGGGACAACCUCCUUGGAGCAGCUGCGGGCAGAGCGUCUGAGGAGGGAAGCAUCCGAGCGGUCCCGGGCUGAGGCCCUCAUGGCCAUGAUGCGAGGAGAGCAGCCCCGGGAGGAAGAAGAGGCUGACGAACGCAAGAGACGGUACAACUCUCAGUUCCACCCCCAGCUCGCCCGGCCCCCUCGGCACUAGGACUGCAGACCUCAUAUAAAACU